GACUCAUCGAAGACCAGUGUCUCCCACUCAUGGCAGUAACUUCCGUCAUCCUCACUUCUUCCUUCCAUGAGGCCUUUGCUGUUCUAGUUCACUUAUCCCCAUCAUGACCAAGCUACCAUCAAGGUCCCACUCGUAGACCACCACUCACAGAACCAGCGUCCGUAAUCGCUACGAUUCCCGACGGCGUCGCAAGCGGUCGUGGUCAAGCAAUAGGAGCACCGGGGAAGUCUUGCGAGACUUCACUUCAUCGGAUGGUGCGAGCACUGUUAACGGAGCUAUUCUUGUGCAGCCCCUGGGUAGUACCUUUUAGUCAAAUAUAUUCAUCACUUUUGUCUCCAGCCGCGGAUAUGGUUCCUUCUUUGAUCUGUCCUCUCAUCGGUCUCAAUGUCUAGCCCCACGUCUUCCCUCCGCCUCCCAACACUUGGAAGCGCUUUGGGCGUUUGAUUCACUGCAUCUGACCACUGCAUCUGUGAUGUCUGGCCAGUAAUGGGAAUUAUCGAGCUAGUCCAUAUGCACAAUAUUGAUCCUUUUGAUGUUCACUUCCAAAUGGACAAAUAUUAACUGCACGAAUACUUGAACACGAUGGAGAUCCGUUCGGGCUUUACUCGGGAGAGCGUUGAGAACUUGUAGUCGAGAGGUCUCAGACCCUAAGGGUGACACUAAGAUAUUAAGACAGCUAUUGGUCACGAGCAUUCAUCUCGAAUCAUAAGGCGGACCGCCUCCCGUGCUCCAGGCCUUAUAAAGAAGAAAGGUGACUCCGGAAAUGUUCAUGCUCUCAGAAGCAUUCACCAUGACACGGUCAACAAGAAAUCUUCAUACUGCCAUCAGUAUCUUAGCCUAUGCUGCACUCUAUCCCAACACCGUAAAAGCUUUCGACAAUGGAGUUGGAAGGCUACCUGCGAUGGGUUUCAAUGCCUGGAAUGCAUACGCUUGCAAUGUCAAUGAGUCGCUCAUAGUCCAAACCGCGCAGGAUAUGCAGAAGUUGGGUCUCCAGGACGUAGGGUAUACUCAAAUCAACUUGGACGAUUGCUGGGCUUUAAGGAAUCGCAGUUCAACUGGUGAAAUCCAAUCCGAUCCUACCCGAUUCCCUGACAUGACCAACCUGACAAGCACCCUUCAUGAUAUGGGCUACAAAGCUGGUAUCUAUUCCGAUUCUGGCUGGUUUACAUGCGCUGGCUUCGCAGGAUCGUUCGAGCACGAAGAACAGGAUGCCCUCACGUUCCAGUCUUGGGGAUUUGAUUUCCUCAAAUAUGAUAAUUGCGCAAUUCCAUUCGACGAUGUCAUUCGCGAGGGUAUGGUUGGCAAAUAUCAGCGUAUGUCAGAUGCACUUGUUGUAGUGUCACAGCAAACAGGGACCGACUUCGUCUUUUCUCUGUGUCAGUGGGGUUGGAAUCAAGUUUGGCUCUGGGGAGCAUCACUAUCUCAUAGUUGGAGAAUUGAUGGAGAUAUUGAAGCUAACUGGGAUUCCCUUGCGAGCAUCAUUAACACAGUGUCAUUCAUUACUCAAGCGACCAAUUUCUACGGACGCAAUGAUCUCGAUAUGCUUGAAAUUGGCAAUGGUAACCUCACAUAUGAUGAAUCCAAGACUCAUUUCACUGCUUGGGCAUUGGUCAAAGCACCUUUGCUUAUUGGUACUGACGUGGCCACCCUCACCCAACAAAACGUCGAAAUAUUGAGCAACCAGGAGAUUAUUGCCAUCAAUCAAGACUCUGUUUACGGCACUAGUAUCUCACCCUUCCGCUGGGGUAUAAAUGCCGAUUUUACUUUUAAUACCACUUUCCCCGCUCAGUACUGGAGUGGCCCCAGUGAAAAUGGUACUGUGUUCAUGUUGAUAAACACUCUUUCCGAGCCGGCUGAUAUGUUCUUCAACUUGACCGAAUCUCCGUGGACCCGUGCUGGUAUCCAAUACUCCGUCAGGGACCUGUGGACCCACACCGACAAUGGUACUGCUGUACGCAAUUUCACUGCCUACGAGGUGCCUUCACAUGGUGUUGUAGCCUUGCUAAUGCAGCAGGAUGGCCCCGAACCCCCUGGUCUUAUGCCAUUGUGUGCUGGUGAGGCAGAGAGCCAAUGUACUGCCGAAAAUGGCACAUCUGUUGGUUGAAACCCUGUAAAUUUUGUCUUGAUUGUAUUCUAUUAAACCGAGCUACGUUAUUGUGAGACACGCAUCUCACAGUUGAGUCACGA